GGGUAUACGAGUACAAACCCAAAAAAAAAUGAUUUCAGCAUUUUUGUGUCUGACUUCUCGAAAAAGUAUUUGAUACUCUGGCAGUUCAAUAACAGCAGGGAAACUGAUCUGUAUAAUACCAUUAUUACGGAAAAGAUGUCUGAAGCUGAGCAAGACCGGAGUCAGCAACUAGCGGCUCUUCUCAAGAAGUUGGCGGCGAAUGAUCGACCGGCAAGAGAGUCCGGAGUAGAGAAACUGGAGCAGUAUUUAGACACGGAAGAGGAGAUUCCCGCAUUAGAUUUUCUGAAGAUGUGGAAGGGCCUGUAUUAUACAAUGUGGAUGACGGAUCGUCCAAAGGUGCAGCAGGCUAUGGCUACCAGACUUGGCCGUAUGCAGUUGGGAGUUGGUGAUCACAAUGUUGCGGGAUUCGUGGAUGCGUUCUGGGCGACAAUAUGCCGGGACUGGAAUAAUAUUGAUGUGCUGAGAAUCGACAAAUACUAUCUGCUGAUCAGACGGUUUGUCAGCGGGAUGUUUGAACGUCUGGCCAAUUCGAAUUGGGACCAAGAGAUGAUUACCAGCUUCAACAAGUCGCUGAUGGAAUAUCCUUUGAAUCCUAAGAACACAGCUAUUGCGGAUGGCAUACGGUACCACAUGAUAGAUAUCUUCGUUGAGGAGUUUGAGAAGAAGAUGGCAGAGCUUACCGACAACGCCGGCAAGAAGAAAGACUCUGAAGAAAGCGAUGGUGAAAGUGCGGAAGAAGAAGAAGAUGAAGAAAAAUCGAAGGUUCCAUUCAACGAGCUCAUGAAGCCUUUCGAGAACCUCGCUCAGAACUCGAUAUCAAAAGUCGUCAAAAAGAGAGUGUACGACGAAGUUCUGGACCUCCCGCAUUUGGAAAAAGUGUGGGGAUACAAGAAGUCAAUAGGACCAAAGCCCUCGACACUGGACGAGAAAGCGAGACCGAAGAAGAAGGCAAAGACCAAAUAGAGGACCUGGAGGAGCUUCGUCUGAGACGGACUCUGUAUAUAUGUCUGAAAAGAAAAGUUUGUACUAUAUCAUUUUUUCUGCGAGAGUGCUUUGAGGAUCCUGUUUAUUUCUACUUUUGUAUUUAGCUAGAGUAAUUGCAUAAACCUGUAAUCAUGAGAUAUAAUGU